GGUUUCUCUCUGUCUGACACGAGGCAUAAACAAAAACAAAUUGGAAUGAGUUCACUUACUUUAUAAGCUCAUAGAUAUAGCAAUGAGUUAUGGCAAAAAACAUAGACAAAACAAGUUCUGAUUCUGAAAAUUCUUUAUGUUCAUCAAGUUCAAGCCCUCCAAUGAGUAAUAAGUAUAGGUACAUGUUCAAUAGACUAUUCAGGUUUGCCAAUUCAUGGAAGAAAAGUAACUCACCAAGAGGUAGAAGAAUCUUCCAUAGGGAUGUUGAGAAAGAAGAAUUUCAAUAUGCUAGUAGUCACUGUCUUUCAUCCUACUACAGUGUUUUUGUGGUUAGAUUAGCAAUCAUGGUAAUGUUAGCCAUCUUGAUAGGGCUAUUGACCAUAUUAACAUGGCAUUUCACAAAGAUUUAUACGAAAAAAUCAUUGAGUAGUUUGGCAUAUGGUCUGCGUUAUGAACUUCUGCAACGUCCGAUUUUGAGGAUGUGGAAUAUUUUGAAUUCUACUUCUGAAAUUACAACAGCUCAGGUCAAGUUGUCUCAAUAUGUUAUCAGACGUUAUAGCAACCCUGCAUCUCAAGCUGAGCAAGUUGAGCUAUAUGAAGCAAUGAGGGCAGUAACAUGGUCACUAUUUGCUAGUAGAAAAGCACUAAACUCAAUAACAAUCAAUUACAAGAAUGGAUUUGUUCAAGCAUUCCAUAGAGAUCUAAAAGAUAACAACACAUUUUACAUCUACUCAGAUCUUUCUAAUUACUCCAUGGUUGCAACAACCUCAAACAUGCUCAAGUCCAUUUCAACUCAUCAAGCUUGGGAUGAUAAAACACUUCAUGGAAACUUCUCAGCAAUUUGGUAUAGAGAACCACUUGAUCCUGUCACAGGCGAAAAAAUCGGAAAAGCAAUGAAAAUUGCACCAGAAGAUUUGAUCAACAUAGCAGGACUUUCACAAGUUCCUGAUGGUGUAGCUACAUGGCAUGUAGCAGUUAGUAAAUUUACAGAUUCACCUUUGCUUUCAGCAGCAUUACCUGUUUGGGAUUCAUCGAAUAAAAGUAUUAUGGCUGUUGUCGGUGUAACGACUGCAUUUUAUAGUGUUGGACAGUUAAUGAGAGAGUUAGUUGAGAUGCAUAGUGGUCACAUGUAUUUGACUUCUCAACAAGGCUAUUUACUUGCAACUUCUACAAGUGCACCUUUGCUUACAAAUUCAACUAAGCCGCCUCCAAAGCUUAAGAUGGCGGUGGAUUGUGAAGAUGAAAUAAUAAGACUUGGAGCCGAGUGGCUGCAGAGAACUUAUGGAAAUCAUUUUCCUAAUUCAACUCAUGAGGUUCAUGUUGAGAAUGCUAAGCUUGGGAAUCAGCAAUAUUACAUCGACUCGUUCUACCUAAACUUGAAGAGACUUCCUUUGGUAGGCGUAAUCAUCAUACCAAGAAAGUAUAUCAUGGGACAGGUGGAUGAGAGAUCUUUCAAGACAUUGGUUAUUCUGAUAUCUGCAUCUUUAUGCAUUUUUGUCAUUGGAUGUGUUUGCAUUUUGAUAUUGACAAAUGGAGUGUCAAAGGAAAUGAAUCUGAGAGCAGAACUGAUAAGUCAACUUGAAGCAAGAAGGAAGGCAGAGGCAUCAAGCAACUAUAAAAGUCAAUUCCUUGCAAACAUGAGUCAUGAACUAAGGACACCUAUGGCAGCAGUAAUUGGAUUGCUUGACAUUCUUAUAUCUGAUGAUUGUCUCACAAAUGAACAGUAUUCAACAGUUACUCAAAUAAGAAAAUGUUCAACAGCUCUACUCCGACUUCUUAACAACAUAUUGGAUCUGAGCAAGGUGGAGUCUGGAAAACUUGUACUAGAAGAUGCAGAAUUCGAUCUGGGACGCGAACUUGAAGGGCUUGUAGAUAUGUUUUCUGUUCAGUGCAUUAAUCACAAUGUAGAGACUGUUUUAGACCUUUCUGAUGAUAUGCCAAAAUUAGUUAGAGGUGACUCUGGCAGGGUGGUUCAAGUAUUUGCAAAUUUGAUCAACAAUUCAAUUAAGUUUACUACAUCUGGUCAUGUUAUUCUACGAGGAUGGUGUGAAUAUCCAAACUCUUGCAACGAUAGUCCGAAUUUUUAUCUUGAUCAGAAGAAAUCAAGAAAUUUACAUAAGAGCAAAGAGAAGCCAAAUGCAAGUCAUGCAAAGAGAAUAUCUAUGAGAGAUAACAAAGUGAUACUUUGGUUUGAAGUUGAGGACACAGGCUGUGGUAUUGAUCCAAGCAAAUGGGAUUCUGUGUUUGAAAGCUUUGAGCAAGCUGAUCCAUCAACUACUCGACUGCAUGGAGGGACUGGUCUUGGUCUUUGCAUUGUUAGGAACUUGGUUAAUAAGAUGGGUGGAGAAAUCAAGGUUACCAAAAAGGAGGGUCAAGGAACAUUGAUGAGAUUAUGUUUGCUUCUUAGUGCACCAGUGGAUGUCACAGAGCAACAUGCUUUAAAUUUGACAGACAAUGGCUUAGUAGUAUUGCUUGCACUACAAGGAAACAUGGGUAGAAUAAUAACAUCAAAGUGGUUAACCAAAAAAGGGGUGUGCACAAUGGAAGCAUCUGAAUGGAAUGGACUAACACAAAUUUUGAGGGAACUCUUUCAUGCAAGAAGUUCAAUCCAUAACAGUAACAACUUUGAUGCACACUAUCCAAUAAAUCUUGAAGGAUUUAAGUCUAAACUACUAAGCAUCAAAGACAUGAGGAAUCCAAUUUUUGUCAUUGUUGUUGACAUUGGUUUGCUUGACUUAAGCACAGAUAUAUGGAAAGAACAACUUAACUUCCUUCACAAGUAUUUUGGAAGAGCGAAAUUUGUGUGGAUGCUGAAUCAUGACACAUCAAAUACCAUAAAGACGGAGCUUCGUCGGAAAGGACACUUAUUAAUGGUUAACAAACCUCUUUACAAAGCAAAAAUGAUUCAUAUUUUGGAAGCUGUUAUAAAAGAGAGAAAUCAUGAGUUGCAAAAGAAAAACAUGAAAGAGGGUGAUUUGCAUGAGUUUCUUGAGAUUGAUUCUACUCAUUUUGAUGCUGCUACUAGCUCUGAUGAUUCUGACAUAUCUGAAAUUAGUGAAAAACCAAUUGUAAAGUUAACCAAUGAAAAUGAACAUUUGGAAGAAAAUAAUUCAAGGAAAGAAGAAUCUUGUUCCUCUGAAGAGAAGAAAGCUAAAGAAACAAACUUUGCAACACAAGGUUAUGAUAGGGUGACAAGGACAAGAAAAGAAGUGAAUGAUAAGAAAUCACUUGAGGGGUUAAGGAUUUUGCUUGCAGAAGAUACACCAGUAAUUCAAAGGGUUGCAACAAUAAUGCUUGAAAAAAUGGGAGCUGUUGUUGUUGCUGUAGGUGAUGGACAACAAGCAGUGGAUGCUCUUAAUUAUAUGGCAAGUGCUGAAGAUUGUAGAAGAGAGUCUCUCCAGAAGGACAGAAACACAAGAUCACAGACAGAGAUUUUAACAUGCCAUCAAUAUGAUUUGAUCCUAAUGGAUUGUCAGAUGCCAAAGAUGGAUGGAUAUGAGGCAACAAAAGAAAUAAGGAAAUCAGAGGAAGGAACAGGAAAACACAUUCCAAUUGUUGCUCUAACAGCCCAUGCAAUGUCUUGUGAUGAAGCCAAAUGCCUUAAGGUUGGCAUGGAUGCUUACUUAACAAAGCCAAUUGACUUCAAGCUUAUGGUCUCAACCAUUCUCUCACUCACUAAACCAACAAACUAGAAAUGUUUAGAGUUUUACCACAUAGUUGUAAUCUGAAAUAUAGUUCAAUUUUUCUUACUGAGCUCACUAGUAUCAGUAAACGGAUGUAGUGUUAUUUAUGUGUGCAUAUGAUAGCACUGUGUGCUUGAUUAGAUAGAUCUAUUGGUUAAAAAAAACCUUUGCCACCCUGUGUUGAAGGAAUAACUCUUUGUAUAUCGAUAACUAUAAACCUAAUAGAAAUAAAUGUA